AUGAGACCCACUACCGAGACGGAGACGGAGAUGAAGCAGAAGGAAGACUUGAGCUCCAGCUGGAGUGGCAGACCGAAACUGCCCGGUGCCGUGGCGUCUCCGCCUAGGCCCAGAGGCCGUCCGCCUAAGCCCAGAGACCCUUUUGCUCCGGUGCCUUCGCCUACGAAGAAAGCGGCGUCGUCCGGCUCCAGAAGGCCACGUGGCCGUCCUCCUAAGAAGGCUAAGACUGCGGCUUCUUCGGCUCCUGCUGUGGCUCCAACUGGCGGCUCGCUGAGAGGGAGAGGAAGGCCUCCUAAGGUCAAGCCAGCUGUUGCGCCAGUUGGGUGUUGA